UGUCAUCCUCCAGUUCUUCCAUCAAUCAAAGUCUGGAAACAAGGACAGAUAGUCAAAAUAUAUUGCAAACACCUGAUGCAUCAAUAGUUUUCAAAGGCCCCUGAAUUCCACCCAAAAUAUUUCCCAAUAUUCCAGGUCCCGACUCCACAGACAGAGGCUUGGGUGCACGUACCACCGGAUCAUUAAUCAUCAACCCAACAGUUUCCUCAUAAACUUGGAUAGCGGCAGAAUCUCCUUCCAAACGGAUGAUUUCACUAUUAAGAUUUUCUCGACCGCUACGCACCAGUUCGUACAUAGCAGCCUCAUUCAUGUCAUCUGCAACCACGACGGAUCCAGAUGCCUUUCGAACGUAACCGUAUUCGCUCUCCUUCUCGGAGUCUUCGAAAGUUGUCAUGCAACCUCCAUGAACGGCAGACAAUUAUCCCAAUCAACACGAGAUGCUAGCUUAGAGUCCAUAGCUACAAUUCUUAAAAAGAAUCCAGGAGCUGUCGCUAAGUUUGCGGAACUUCAAAAUGGAAGAGCGUUGCAUUCUGUAAUUGAAUUAACCAAGGAUUGACACUCUCGGACAAGGUUGCUGGCCUGCUUGUGCCUAAUCUGUAUAAAGAAUUCUUCGUCGCGCGUUCUGUAAGAUAUAGCAAUCAAAACCAAAUUGAUAUAUAUUUUGCUUGAGCUCCUUGAUGAUUCUGGUCAAGUUGGAGAAGAGGCUUCCUUUGCUUUUUCAAGUUUAGUUGUUGGAAAGGAAGAUAUGCAGAAGUUAGCAUUUAAAGCAAAUGCUAUAAACAAAUUCUACAAUCACUUGCAAAAUUGUGAUCUACAUCCCAAACGUCUUGAAGGGAUAUUUCUAGCACUGGCCGAUCUUUGCUCAAAACUGGAAUGCUGCAGGGCGAGGUUUAUGUCAUUGCAGGUCUUAAAUCUACUAAUUAAUGCCUUAACCCAUGAUGAAGCCAAUGUGCGGACUGCAACUUGCAUUUGCUUAAAAAAAACUGUCUCACGCUCAAUCAAGAAUUUGAGUGCAGGUUAUUUCAUGAAUGAAAGGAUUGUCAUUCCAUUAGCACGGCUUCUCUCUGAUCUUUGCACUUCUGUCCAGGUUGCAGCCCUUGUUGCUAUUAGCAACAUAGUAGUGGACUUUACACCAAAUAAGUCAACAUUCAUACAAUGCGGUGGCAUUAAAGAGCUUGUCCAUUUGACAAAGCCUAUGGAUUCGUCUUUAAGGUUGAAUGUUGUGUGGUCCUUGCGGAACGUGAUAUUUCUCGCUGAUAAGAUGUGCAAGGAAGCAAUUUUUAUGGAGUUGACUGCUUCUUCAGUAGCUAGCCUUAUCUGUGAUCCCGAGCCUUCUGUUCAACACCAAGCUUUGGCCCUUGUUCGCAAUUUUGUUGAUGGAUGUAUGGAUUGUGUUGAAUUUGCUUUUGCUGAAAAUGGUAUCAUACUGGAUGCUGUUGGAAGGCAAUUAAAAAAAUCCUCAAGAGUUGAAAUCAUUAUACAUGGGAUAUACGCAGUCAGCAAUAUUGCAAGUGGAAAUGAGUUUCAUAAAGAAGCCAUAAUGCAGUUUCUCUUUCCAGAAGAAGAAAGUGGAUCUCACUCUUUCUUGAGUGCAGUAUUUGCUGCUUUAAAUGACGAGGAUCCUGAACCAUGGCAAAUCCAGAUAUUUUGUUCAAUUGAUUCAAAUUCAGUUAAACGAUUUCCAGAAGACCCGAGCAAGGAAACUGAUAAGAACCUUGUAUGUGGAAAGAAUGCGCUGAUUGACAUGAGCGUAGUCCAUAGCAUUCUAGUUCAUCACCGUGAAUUUCUCCUGCAAGAAACAAACCGUUAA